GAGGCCAGUGUCCUGCCUUGAUCUGGACAGUACCUCCUUCCUCUGUGCCAGGACGCCAUCAGGACAGGCAGCAGACGAGCCUCCAACAUGAACGACAUCUACAAGGCAGCGGUUGAGCAGCUGACAGAUGAACAGAAAAAUGAGUUCAAGGCCGCCUUUGACAUCUUCGUACAAGAUGCAGAGGAUGGCUGCAUCAGCACCAAGGAGCUAGGAAAGGUGAUGAGGAUGCUGGGCCAGAACCCCACACCAGAGGAGCUGCAGGAGAUGAUUGACGAGGUGGAUGAAGAUGGGAGUGGCACGGUGGACUUUGACGAGUUCCUGGUCAUGAUGGUGAGGUGCAUGAAGGACGACAGCAAAGGGAAAUCAGAGGAAGAACUGGCAGAGCUUUUCCGCAUGUUCGACAAGAACGCAGAUGGUUACAUUGACCUGGAGGAGCUGAAAAUGAUGCUGGAAUCUACAGGAGAGGCAAUUACUGAGGAUGACAUCGAGGAGCUGAUGAAAGACGGGGACAAGAAUAAUGAUGGCAAAAUUGACUAUGAUGAGUUCUUGGAGUUCAUGAAAGGAGUGGAGUAAUCCUGAACAAGAGAAGAUCCAGAGUGUUAUUUUUUGCAUUUCUCUGUGACUCUAUGGUCGUCUGUGGAAAACUGGAAGCUGCCUUUGGAUGCUAUUGAGAGCUCCUUAGAACGACUUUGCAAGAUUUAGUCAAAUACUGUAUCUGAGUUUCUGUAUUUUUCUACAGAUUUUUCUUGCAUUGUUGUAAAUACAGAUUUGAACCACUUUCGGUGCCCAUGUAAACUGAAUUUGUGUAAAUGUAUCUAAAUUACUUAUAUUUUCUAGGGAGGAAACACAGUAUACCAGUUUGGCCGCUUGAAAUAUCAACUUUGUGUUUGCUUCCGGCUAAAUCUUAUCUCUGAAGUGCCACAGCCAGUUUACGAAUCUUCUAACUGAUAGGGUUAUAUUGUUUAGCUGUGCAGAAAAUGUAUUUGUGCACAAAGCAGAACAUAUCCAUGAGUCAACAUUGUUUUACACCAGGCUCUGGUAGACUAAUCCUACUUUUUGAACAAUGUACUGGAUCCAGUUUGUAUACUGUACAUUUUAUGAUGUGCACAUUGUAUACAAUUCUGUAUGUUUAAGAUGCCCUCAGGACUUAUUAUUCCCCCCUCAUGUCCCUGAAAUGUCUACAGUGUCUGCAUAUUUCUACGUGAAAAGUCUGCUUGCAAUGUGCGCUCAUGUAAUAAACAAGAUGCAUUUGUCAAAGCAA